AUGGCCACCUUUGUGGAGCUCAGCACCAAAGUCAAGAUGCCCAUCGUGGGCCUGGGCACCUGGAAGUCUUCUCCAGGCCAAGUCAAAGAGGCUGUGAAGGCAGCAAUUGACGUGGGGUACCGCCACAUUGACUGUGCCUUCAUGUAUGAGAAUCAGAAUGAGGUGGGGGAGGCCAUCCAGGAGAAGCUCCAAGAGAAGGCUGUGAGGCGUGAGGACCUCUUCAUUGUCAGCAAGCUGUGGUCUACCUUCUUCGAGAGGCCCCUGGUGAAGGAAGCCUGUCUGAAGACCCUCAAGGAUCUGAAGCUAGACUAUCUGGACAUCUACCUUAUUCACUGGCCACAAGGGCUGCAGCCUGGGAAGGAAUGUUUCCCCAAAGAUGAGAAAGGCAAUCUCCUCCUCAGUAAGACAACAUUCUUGGAUGCCUGGGAGGCCAUGGAGGAUCUGGUGGAUGAGGGGCUGGUGAAAGCCAUUGGCGUCUCUAAUUUCAACCACUUCCAGAUUGAGAGACUUUUGAACAAACCUGGACUGAAACACAAACCGGUGACUAACCAGAUUGAGUGUCACCCAUACCUCACACAGGAGAAGCUGAUCCAGUACUGCCAGUCUAAGGGCAUUGCAGUUACUGCCUACAGCCCGCUGGGCUCUCCAGACAGACCUUGGGCCAAGCCAGAGGACCCUUCACUGCUAGAAGACCCCAAUAUCAAGCAGAUUGCUGCAAAGCACAACAAAACCCCAGCCCAGGUUCUGAUCCGUUUUCAUAUUCAGAGGAAUGUGGUUGUGAUCCCCAAAUCUGUGACCCCAAAGCGCAUCACUGAGAACUUCCAGGUCUUUGACUUCCAGUUGAGUGAUAAGGAGAUGGUGACCAUACUCAGCUUCAACAGAAACUGGCGGAUCUGUGACCUGAAGGAAGGGGCCAGUCUGGAGGAUUAUCCUUUCACUGCAGAAUACUGA